AUGAAUACCCCAACAAGAUUUUUUUGUAAUGGUGGUAGCAAACUUUUAAAUAAUUUAGUUUUAAGUAGUCACAGUAAAAGAUUCAUUACAAAUAAUAAAAGAUUUAUAAAUAAUGCAUCAUCAUAUAUUGAUAAUUAUAAUAAAAGUAAUAAUAAAUUAUUUAUAAAUGAAAAUAGAAAUAAUCAAUUCAAACACCAAAAAAGAUAUAAAAGAGAUGAGGACUAUUUUAAUUAUUUGCCAAAGGAUGGCGGUAAAAGUGAAAGUGAAAGGUCAGUAUUUGCUUUGCUUGGUAUAGGGGCAAUUUGUUUAUUGGGAUAUGUACUUUAUGACAGUUUAGAGGAUAUGAUUAUUGAAAAUAUUAUGUAUAAUCAAACCAUUGCAGAGCUUCGAGCCAAUAAAAGUAUUAUUAAACUUUUUAAAGAGGAUUUUAGUGCUCAUGGUCUUGGUUUACGUUCACAAUUUUCAAUAAGAAGAAGUAUUCAAGAUCCAAGUAUAUAUCAUGUUUAUUAUAAUAUUAAAGGCUAUAGAGAUUUGGUUGGUCAUGUAGCAGGUAAAUUAAAAAGGGUUUCAAUGUUUGGUUUUGAAACUGAAAUGUUAAGGGUUGUAUAUGGCGAAGGAAAAGUUGUUUAUGUCAUUAGCGAGGAUAAGAAAUUUGUAAAAACUGUAUCAAAUAAAGUAAAAAAAAUGUUUUCAUCUAUAGUUCCAAAAUCAUCACCAAGCAAUGAUGGAGAUACCAACUAUACUCCAAACAAACCAAAACCUGAUGAACCAAAAACUCCACAAGAACCAAAUUUAGGAACUAAAAUUUCACAAUAUUACGAUGAUUUUUCAAAUUAUAUAUCCAAAGAAACACAAGAUUUAACAACAAAAAUUUCAGAGUUUACAAAUGAUAUAACAAAGAACACUUCAAAUGACAUUAAUAAUAAACAAGAGGAAAAGCCUCAGAGUAUAUUUUCAUCAAUUUCAAAAUAUUUUGGUUUAUCAAGCGACCCACCAAAAGAUAAAUAA